AUGACACUGGGGCAGAACCACACCACAGUGAUGAGGUUCAUUCUGCUGGGCCUCACAGACCAGGCAGACCAGAAACAACUCCUCUUCGCCGUCUUCCUGCUGAUCUACUCCAUGACUCUGGUGGGAAACCUAGGCAUGAUAGAUCUGAUCCACACCAGCUCCGCCCUCCACACCCCCAUGUACUUCCUCCUGAGUGCACUCUCCUUCCUUGAUGUCUGCAAUUCCUCCGUGUUCACCCCCCGGCUACUGAUCAGCUUUCUCUCCACUGACCAGUCCAUCUCCUUUGCAGGUUGCGUGGCCCAGAUGGUUCUCAUGUGUAUCCAUGGCACAGGAGAGUGUCUACUCCUGGCCAUCAUGGCCUAUGACCGAUAUGUGGCCAUCUGCCAUCCUCUCCUCUACCACACCAUCAUGUCCAAGCGCUUGUGUGUACAACUGGUGGUGGUCACCUAUGCUGCGGGUAUGUUCAUUUCAGCUGUACAGACAGGGAAUGCCUUCAGAUUGCCUUUCUGUGGCCCCAACACCAUUGAUCACUACUUCUGUGACAUCCCCCCUGUGCUCCAAUUGGCCUUCAUCUUGGUCUCUUAUGCCUACAUCCUGGUCACAAUCUGCAGGAUGAGGUCCCUAGAAGCCCAGCACAAGGCCUUCUCCACCUGUGCCUCCCACCUCACUGCCCUCUUCCUCUUCUAUGGAUCUGUGUUCCUUGUGUACGUCCAACCCAACCCUGAAAGUGCCUCAGCCUAUAACAAGAUCCUCUCUGUGUUCUACACCAUUGUGAUCCCCAUGCUGAAUCCCCUGGUCUAUAGCCUAAGGAAUAAAGAUGUCAAGGCUGCUGUACAAGGCAAGAUUGAGAAAAGCGCCAAGGUACGACUGGCCCCUCUGCCAAUGGAAGGGCAGUAUUGGGGAUGUGGUCACCAAUGUAACAGUAUGCGACAGUAUGCCAGUUCCAAGCCUAGCCUUCCAGAGGACUGGCAGCUUCUACCUCCUUUAUCUCGGAAGCCUACUCUGAGACCACCAUGCUGUGAAGCAGCCCCAACUCUCAUGUGGAAAGGCCAGGUGGAGAAGCACUGA